UACUCGCUGUACCGGUCGGAAGUUGUGGAAUUAUUAUCACAGUUUUAAUGAGCGAAAUGGGUUGUUGACCGAAGGAUUCACAUAAGCGCCACACAGAGAGUGCGUCACACAGAAGCAGAAGGGGAACCAUGUCCGCUAACGAGGACCAGGAGAUGGAGCUGGAGGCUCUUCGCUCCAUCUAUGAGGGGGACGAGAGUUUCAAGGAGAUCAGUUCAGUUUCCUUUCAGUUGAGGAUCGGAAACCUGGAGGACAGCAAGGCCUUCAUCCUGGACCUCACGUGGCCGGCGCUGUACCCUGAAGCCGCCCCGCUGAUCUCCCUCGAUGCCUUUUUCAACAACAGAAUCUCUGCAGAGACGAAGCAGCUGAUCCUGUCUCAGCUGGAGGAGCAGGUGGAGGCCAACCUGGGCACCGCCAUGAUGUACACUCUGUUCGAGUGGGCCAAGGAGAACCAGGAGGCCCUGAUGCAGAACCACAAGCCGGUAGUCGCUGUGAUCUCCAGCGUCGAUGCGUCUGCCAACAUGGGCAAGAAGAAGGAGAAGAAGGAGCAGCUGACUAAAUCUCAGAAGAGGAGAAUCGUCAACAGAACAGAUCACAAGGGGGAGUUGCCCAGAGGCUGGAACUGGACCGACGUCAUCAAAGUAGGUGCC